GGCUUGGUAGGCUAUAACUAGUUGAAGGUAGACGGUAAUGAUUUUUGAAAUGGAGAAUGGUAUACUCAACAAACGUGUCGGAGAUCAACAGACUGAUAAUGAUGAUCGCAAAUCACUUUUAUCGACGCAAAAAGACGAGGUCGAAGGAGGAACAAGUUCGAUGACCUCUGCAUCUUUUAAUUUCAUCAAUUCAAUUAUCGGAUCUGGAAUUAUAGGAUUACCAUAUUCUCUCAACCAAGCUGGUCUACCACUAGGAUUGCUGCUGCUUGUGGGUGUUGCUUUCAUCACAGAUUACUCGAUCAUACUGCUGAUUAAAGGUGGCAAUAUCUCAGGGACAUGCAGUUACCAGUCUUUAGUGUACAGCACAUUUGGAUUCGCUGGAUAUUUGGUGCUGUCUGUGCUGCAGUUUCUAUAUCCCUUUAUAGCAAUGAUCAGUUAUAACAUCAUUGCAGGAGACACAUUGACAAAGGUGUUUCUGAGGAUACCUGGAGUUGGCCCAGAAAGCAUGCUUGCAGAGCGCCAUUUUGUCAUCCUGGCAUCCACCAUUCUCACCACUCUUCCCCUGUCUCUUUAUCGUGACAUAGCCAAGUUGGGAAAGGUAUCCUUACUUUCCAUGGUGUCGACUCUUGCUAUCCUCAUCAUGGUCAUCAUCAGAGCAGCUACUCUAGGACCACAGAUUCCCCCUGCAGAGGAUGCAUGGUCAUUUGCAAGGUGGAAUGCCAUCCAGGCAGUUGGUGUCAUGUCUUUUGCCUUCAUUUGCCAUCACAACAGCUUCCUGAUUUAUGGCUCCCUACGAGAGCCCACUUUGAGCAACUGGUCACGUGUCACACACCUGUCAGUGGGCUCUGCCUUCCUGGUCAGUGCUGCGUUUGCUGUGGCAGGCUAUGCCACCUUCACAGGUUACACACAAGGGGACAUAUUUGAGAACUACUGCAGAAAUGAUAACCUGGCUACGUUCGGCCGCUUCUGCUAUGGCAUCAGCAUUGUAACAACUUUUCCUCUUGAGUGCUUUGUUACACGAGAGGUGGUGUCAAAUGUUUUCUUCAAAGGAGUUCUCUCCAACACUGCCCACGUUGUGGUUACCUUCGUUAUAGUAUCUAUGUGUACUGCCAUUUCUCUGGGUUUUGACUGCCUUGGUGUUGUUUUGGAGUUAAAUGGUGUGUUAAGCGCUACCCCACUCAUAUUUAUCAUUCCAUCAGCAUGUUUCUUGAAGCUGUCAUCAGGUCGCUGGUUUCAGGGGGAGAACAUCAUCCCCUGCAUCAUCUUGAUGGCUGGGGUCUUUGUUAUGACCAUUGGCCUAAUCAUGACAAUCCUUUACCCUCAGGACUGCUCUCACGGGGCAGAGAUGUUUUACUGCAAUACUUCCAACAUGUCUGUGAUUACAACCACUGCACCUUCAACACUGCCAGUGCAGAAUACCACUCAGGGCAUCUUUGACACGGAUUAAACAUGACACACAUUUUUUGUCAUGCCUGUUGCAUUUUGUACUACUAAUAUUGUAUACUUCUGUUUGAAUAAAAUGCUUGGAUUGUU